AUGUCUACAUCAAAUAUGCGUGAUGAACCAUACUAUACAAGUGAACAAAUUCCAAUACCACCUGAAUUACCUGAUAUCUUACUUCAAUUUUCUAAAGCUGCUAUUCGUACACAACCAAAUGAUGUACUCGCUUGGAGUGCUGCAUAUUUUCGAGCAUUAGCAAAUGGUGAAACACCACCAGUUAAAGAACGUCUUGAGAUGCCCGUAGCUACGCAAAAAACUGACACAGGUUUAACAAUGGGUCUAUUGAAAAUUUUACAUAAACAGCUCUCACCAAAAGGUACAUUACCAUUACAAGAAAUUCAAAAUAAAUUUGAUGAUUUAAAGAUUCCUCGUGAACAAUUUGAUGAUAUUGUACAAAUUGGCUCAUUUAAUGUUGAUGCACAAUGGGAUCAUUUUCUAGCGAUUGCUGUAUCCAAAUUGGCUAAAAAUAUAACUGACACGUUAAUUAAAAUAUGUGAAUUAUUAACAAGCGAUCCGCCAGGUGCUAAUGCUCGUAUACCAUUUGAACAAUGGAAAAAAUAUUAUCGAUAUUUAGCUGAACUUGAUGGUGAGGUUCAUCAACAACAUAUAAAAGAAGUUAUUGAUUAUUUAGCUAAUGAAUGGGUCAUAAGACAAAAUGGAAUGAUCCAUCCAAGAAAUUUCAUUCAUCCGGAAUGUCCAAAAUUGGAUGGCUAA